AUACCCUAUUUAUUACAACGUGACAUUUGUGGUAAACAAGCUGACGCCUGAAGAAAUUGAAUCAAACACAACAGAAAAGGCGAGCAUGAUUUCAGCCGAGCUCACAGAUCUUUUCAAGAACAGCAAAAUCAACAGAACAUUUAUAGAAUGUGCCAUUGUAUCGUUCAGAACGGUAAUGAAUGACAGCACAAGGGUGACAGCUAAUUGUUCCUUCAAAAAUGAGUCCCUGAAGGAAGGCAUCGACAGAGAACGUGUCUAUGAUAUAUUUAAAGAGGAGACAAGCAACAUGUCAACACUUGGAUCAUACGAUCUGGAGAAGCACAGCCUCUACGUAAACGAUUACCAAGAGAUACCCCCACCCGCUAUCACGGUUCCUGUCAAGCACAUAUACCCUAUUUAUUACAACGUGACUUUUGUUGUAAACAAGCUGACGCCUGAAGAAAUUGAAUCAAACACAACAGAAAAGGCGAGCAUGAUUUCAGCCGAGCUCACAGAUCUUUUCAAGAACAGCAAAAUCAACAGAACAUUUAUAGAAUGUGCCGUUGAAUCGUUCAGAACGGUAAUGAAUGACAGCACAAGGGUGACAGCUAAUUGUUCCUUCAAAAAUGAGUCCCUGAAGGAAGGCAUCGACAGAGAACGUGUCUAUGAUAUAUUUAAAGAGGAGACAAGCAACAUGUCAACACUUGGAUCAUACGAUCUGGAGAAGCACAGCCUCUACGUAAAUGAUUAUAGAGAGAUUCCCCCACACAUUAUCCCUGGACAAACACCAGUUGAAUUUAACGUGACCUUCAGUAUUACAAAUUUGGAAUUCAUAGAAGCAUUGCAUGACAACACAUCCCAAUUGUACCAAUCAGCAUCAACUGUUGUAACUCAGGAGCUCAAUACAAUGUUUAGGAACAGUGAAUUGAAGGAAACAUUUGUUGACUGCAAAAUGAUUUCUUUAAGAGUUAUAAGUCAAAAGACCAAAGUAUAUGCAAUCUGUACCUUUAAGAAUUCUGCCAAUGAACAGAUUGAUAGAGUUUCUGUCUACCAGCAGUUCAGCAAAAACACAGAAAACCUUUCAGCACUGGGACCUUAUCUGCUGGACCAUAAUAGUCUCUAUGUCGAUGAUUACAAUGAAUCAACACCUCCAACUGCAGAAGAACCAAAUCGAAGUGGAUCUCAUCUUGGAUUUAAUGUAACCUUCACUAUAACAAAUUUGCCUUACAUGGAAGCACUUCAUAGCCAGACAUCCCUCUUGUACCAAUCAGCUUCGCUAACAAUUACUAAACAGCUUACUGCCCUGUUUGAAAAUAGUAAAAUAAAUACAACAUUUGUAAACUGCAGCACAAUGUCUUUAAGUGCGACAAGCAGUUACAAGACAAAAGUGUAUGCAGACUGUUCUUUCAAAGAAACUUCUGAUGAAGAGAAUGUGGAUAGAGUUAUCGUGUACCAGCAAUUCCGUUACAAGACAAAGAACCUCACUGUUUUGGGACCCUAUUCCAUUGAUGAAAACUCUCUCUUCGUAAAUGACUAUCAUGAAUCAGCUUAUCCAACCAAUGAACCACCCAUUUUAGCUGAAACUCAGCACCCAAGUUUCAGUCAGCCACCUCUGUGCUUCAACUUGUCUUAUAUCGCCACGAAGCUACCAUACAGUUCAGUUCUACUUGAUCCAACCUCGCAAGUCUAUCAGUCCGCUUCGUCUAAUUGCAUUCGACAGCUCAAUGGCAUGUUUCGUAACAGCAGUAUCAGUGCAGCAUUUUGGGAAUGUACAAACGUCGCUUUCAGCAAUACAAAUGACGGCCUUGUGAAAGUGCUUGCAACCUGCCUGUUCAAGGAUAAUGUUCAGAAGGUUGACAAUGUUAUUGUGGAUCAGGUAUUCAGGGAUGGAACAAAUAAUACCUCCAACAUGAUUUAUGGAUUGCUCAAGGAUAAUCUACAAGUUACUGGUUGCAAGGAACCAGAAGCCCCUACCACAGUUGCCACAACUUCACAAGUGGUUCCAACAGUAGAGUCAGAACGUCAAGGCGAUCUCACCUUCCAAGUGAACUUCACAAUAAUAAACAUCAACUUUACAGACAACCUCCUUAAUUCAAGUUCCUCUGAAUAUAGAAACCUGACUAACAGUAUUACAAAACAGAUGAGAGAGUUGUUUAGAGAAAACUCUUUGAAGAAAAGUCAUAAGUUCUGCCGUGUUUCUGAAUUAAGCCCAGGACCCGGCAGCCCAAGUUCGGUGAAUGUAUUCACUACUUGCUUCUUUGACCCUGUUAAAGAAACUGAAAGUAUCACUGAAGACAGAAUCAAAUCAGACUUUGAAACAGGAACAGAUAACCUAAAUUGGCUUGGCCGAUUCCAACUUAGUCGUGGAAGUCUUUCUGUGGCUGCGGCAUCACCAGUUACCGGUGACAGAAUAGAAUUACCAUAUUGGGCCAUCAUCGUUAUUGUACUGGGCAUUCUGCUGGCUUUGCUUUUACUUAUGAUUCUGGGAUGUUUGAUUGCAUUGUGUAUAAAGAAGAAAUUCCAUGGCUUCUACGACCUGCUACAAAAUCCUUUUGGAAUCUACUACAGUCAUCUGGAUGGAAAGUAGUUCUUGCACUUGAAAUUUAAUCUUACUAAUAUGAUCACUGUAAUAUUUAAGAGUGUAGCUAAUGUAAUUUUGUUAAAAUAUACAGUUCUAUAUAUUUUGACUAAAUCACCUUGAGCAGCAACUUCUGGCCAAAGUUUUAUCAUUUGAUUUUGUUCUGAGAAAAGAAGUUACCCAAGUCAGUUGGACAUAUACACAUAAAUCCUUCCUGGAAAGAUCCUUGAAAACAAAGUUUAAGACUGAAAAUGAUGGGCAUCCGUCACGGUUUCAAACAAAGUAUCCAUUGUUGUUCAGUUUGAUUAGCAAAAAUAUUAUUUUUCUAUCUAUUACUGCUACUA